UCCUACAAAAGUAUUUUCUCGAGAAAAAAAAUACUGUGAAGUUCAUUUCCAAUUUCUCUAUUUUUUUCUCAAGUGAUGGAUAUCGGAUCAAAGGUGAAAAAAGGGGCCGGAGGAAGGAAAGGUGGCGGUCCAAAGAGGAAACCUGUUUCUCGGUCGGUGAAAGCCGGGUUACAGUUUCCGGUUGGUCGAAUUGGUCGUUACUUGAAGAAAGGUCGUUAUUCUCAGCGUGUAGGAACCGGUGCUCCCGUUUACCUCGCUGCUGUUCUUGAAUACCUUGCUGCUGAGGUUCUUGAGUUGGCUGGUAAUGCUGCAAGGGACAACAAGAAGAAUAGGAUAAUUCCGAGGCAUGUUCUUUUGGCGGUGAGGAACGAUGAGGAACUUGGGAAAUUAUUGGCUGGUGUGACUAUUGCUCAUGGUGGAGUUCUACCCAACAUUAACCCGGUUCUUCUGCCGAAGAAAAAUGAGAAGGCGCAGGCAGCCAAGGAGCCUAAGUCACCAUCCAAGGCUAAGUCACCUAAGAAGGCUUAGUGUAAGUCUUAGUUGCUGCUGUAUUUAUUUCUUGUGUACUUAGCUUCCUUUGUGUACUUUUGGUUGUAGAAAAAUGUUUAUGCUGGUACUGGUAGGCAAUUACGCCGACUGUACUCUAGUUCUAAUUCUUGUGUUGUUUAGACCAGCUUUUAUUUGAAAUGAAUGACUUGGAUUCGAAUCA